AGAAUUCUGGAAUGGUAAUUAAAUUUUCAUUGAAUUAAAGUAUAAUAUUAAAAAAUAUUAAUUAAUUAUAUGCAAUUUUUAUGACGAGAGUUUGAAUAGAAUUGAAUGAAUUAAAUUUAGUGUAAAUUUUGUAUGAAUGCGUGCACGCGAGUGUUAAUAUUCUAACUAUAUUUAAUAUUUAUGUAUAAAAUAUUAUAUAGAAAACAACGCAGGAGCAUUUAUUACAUAUUUUUAUAAAAGUUAUACUUGCAAGGAAAAGAAAAUUAUUUUAUUGAAACCUGAGAUUAGAGCCUUAUUUGCUUUAUCUUGUCCUAUUAAUUAAUUUAAAUUAUUUUUUGUACAAUAUAACAUUAUUUUUCUUGUCAUCUUUGAUUAAAUUUGAUAAAACUCGAUGAGAAUUGCACUUUUUUUUACCAAAAAAUGAACAUUAAUUUAUAUUAAUGUACACACUCCAAUAGUGUAAUAUUUAUUAUGAUUAUGUUUUCUCCUUUUAUUGCUAGUUUAUUAGGCAAAUUAUAUUCCGGUUUGUAAUUACUUGCGCUCUUUUUUUAUUUUUUAAAUGUUUAUAUUAUUUAUUCAAAAAUAGUAAGAUAUAUUUAUGUAAGUGUGUAUAUAUGGUAUGUUGUGUGUGUGUGUGUGUGUGUUUUAAUUUUAUGUUAACUGUACCGUUUAACUCAAUGAUAUGGAGUCGAGUCGAUGACGAGGACAACGACGACGACGAGGACGAUGAUAAUGACGACUGACGUUUCGUUGUCGCUCGUCGACGGGCGCCGAUGAAAAGUCGAUCGAUCCGUGCGGGGGUGGAUCGACGGGAGCUUCUCUUUUUGAAACGUGGCCCAUCCCUCUCGGGCAACCGGUAACCCCCACCAGUGGCGCUUGCGCCCCAACGUUUCCUAUAAGAAGCUGAAUACUGCUCGCGCGGAUUUCAGUCUGAGCCGCGGUACCGGCGCCGUGGUCGUGAUUGUGCGUUAUAAAUCAUCCCCUUCGAGGACGAUAUUUUCGGUCAUGAUACUCCCCGGCCUCGAUUCAGAGUGAGAGGGAGACGAAAAGAGAGUGAGAGAGAGAGAAAGAGAGCGAACGAACGAGAGGAGCUCUUCUUUUUCGUCCUUUUUCUCUCCCGCCAUCGCGAUAAACUAAGCAGCGUUGUCGCCGUCGUCGCCGUCGUCGUCGUCGUCGUCGUCGUCGUCGUCGUCGUCGACGUCAGCAACGACGUUGCUUCUCCUGGACGAUCAGCGUACGUUGACAUAAAAAGAGAAUGACAGCAUUGCGAACGGCAGUAGUUCUGCCUGUUAUUGCGUGAACGUGGAGGGUGGAGGUCCUACGGGAUUGCUCUCUACUGAACCCCUCAUCUGCGCGGCAUGUGAUUGUGUCCUAUAUGUGUCAUUUAACUAAUAGUGAACGCAACUCUCUUAUGGUGAUGUUGUUUUUUGCGUUGCUAAAUAGUGAGAUCGUCGAAGGAGACAGAACGCAAUCGCUUUUCGGUGUUCGAUAGCGGAUAUGCGACUACCAGAUUGCAAGGUGUUAACAACGAGUCACUUGAAUAAUUCAGCUUCCAUAGCCAAAAUGAACUUACGUAGGAUCCUGCCGUGGAUGUGUUAUUUCUUAAUUACAAGCGAAUGUUACAACGCAAAGAAUAGAGGCGAGGACGGUUCUAAGCUGAUACGCAUCGAUGGUGAUAUCAUCCUCGGCGGAAUUUUUCCGAUGCAUGAACAAGUUGCAGGCCAAUCACCAUGUGGGGCUGUGAAAGAAGAGAAAGGUAUGCAACGAUUGGAAGCCAUGUUGUACGUUCUGGAUCAAAUUAACGCGGAUACAGAACUUUUGCCGAAUACAACGCUCGGUGCUCUCAUCAUCGAUUCUUGCAGCAGCGACACUUAUGCUUUGGAUCAAAGUAUGGAAUUUGUCAGAUCAUACAUGAAUCAAGACAUAUCGGAGUACAAAUGCGAAAAUGGCAAGACGCCCACUUACGUUCCUCACAAGCCAGUAACUGGUGUGAUAGGUGCAGCAUUCAGCGUGGUCUCUAUUAUGGUCGCCAACAUCUUGCGGCUUUUCAAGAUACCACAAAUAAGUUACGCCUCUACCAGUACAGAACUCUCGGAUAAAAGCCGGUUCGAGUAUUUCAGCAGGGUAGUGCCGCCGGAUAACUUUCAGGCGCAAGCGAUCGUCGAAGUAAUCCAUCUGCUCGGAUGGAAAUAUGUUUCCACAGUCGCUGUGGAAGGCGAGUAUGGUGAAAAGGGCAUUGCCAGUUUCAUCGCCCUCUCGUCGGAGUAUAACAUCUGUGUCGCAGUAAGCGAGAAGAUCCUGAGAAACGCUAAGACCGAGGAUUUCGAUAGAAUAAUCGAACGACUGAGCUCGAAGCACAACGCCAGAGGAGUCAUAAUAUUCGUCGACGAGGAUAACAUAAGAAAGCUGCUUCAGGCAACGGUAAGAGCCAAUCGCACAGGCCAUUUCAUGUGGGUAGGUAGCGAUUCAUGGGGCGCCAAAGUUCACCCCGUUCGGGAUCAGGAAUUCGCGGCGGAGGGUGCUAUCACUAUCCUGCCCUAUAGGAAUGCCCUCAAAGAUUUCGAUGACUACUAUUUGAAAUUGCGACCAAGAAUGGGCGACGAGUGCGGUGGGCAGGCAGAGAACAAUGUUCCCCAUAAGUUGGACGGGAAGAUAAUAAACUGCCGGAAUAUUUGGUUUCGAGAAUUCUGGUCGCAGCAUCACAAGUGCACUUUCAGCGCGAACGCGUCAAGCGACGUGACACGCUGCACUGGCGUAGAAAACCUCGUCGAUUACGAACAGGAGGGUUUGGUGCCUUUUGUUGUGGAUGCAGUUUACGCCAUUGCGCACGGUGUUCAUAAUGUUAUUGAGGAAGAAUGCGUAAAUAAUUUGGGUACGUCACAUUAUCUUUGCGAAUCGCUUCUACCAGCACCGGAUGGUCCAAGACUUCUCCAACACAUUCGCAAUGUCACUUUCAUCGGUCGCCAAAACACGGAGAUUAAGUUUAAUUCUGAUGGGGAUGCCUACGGAUUUUACAACAUCUAUCAAUAUCAAAGAAAAGACGAGGGUCGUUUCGAUUACACCCUUAUCGGUAUAUGGAGGGAAGAGCUCUCUCUAGACAUUAAUAUGACACGAUGGGCGACCGGAGUCGGCGAGUUUCACAUUCCACGUAGCAUGUGCAGCGAUAACUGCCCGAUGGGACACGUCCGCAAUUUUGUAGAACCCUGCUGUUGGAGUUGCGUCGCCUGCCGAGAAGACGCCUACGUAUACAACGACACGUGCAAGAACUGCAAUCCCGGGUAUGCACCGAAUCCCACGAUGACUGGCUGCGUUAAGCUCACCGCCGAAGUUAUACCUUGGACAAGUCCCUGGGCGCUGGUGCCGUUGAUAUUCGCAUCCAUUGGAAUCCUCAGUACCCUUUUCACCACCGUCGUUUUCAUACGAUUCAAUCGCACUCCAGUGAUUAUGGCAUCGGGACGUGAGCUAUGUUACGUUCUGUUGGUAGGGAUUCUCUCUUGUUACGGCAUGAGUUUCGUCAUACUGAGCAAGCCAACCAUAUGGAAUUGCACAUACCUUAGGAUUGGCCUCGGCCUCUGUCUCAGUAUAUGCUAUAGCGCGAUUCUCACGAAAACUAAUCGUAUAUCGCGAAUAUUCAACCAGGGCACGAAGAAGAUCAAGAGGCUCUCCUAUACAUCGCCCAAGAGCCAAGUGGUAAUCGCUAUUGGGAUCACCGCAGUGCAACUCAUCGGCACUAUCGUGUGGCUGAUGAUCGAGCCGCCGGAUACCACAGAAAUCCAUCCAUAUCCGUUGUCCGCGGUGCUUACAUGUCGGGUGUCCACGUUCUCGUUGAUGAUGUCCCUCGUCUACAACAUGUUCCUAAUUCUAAUGUGCACCCUGUAUGCCUUCAAGACCCGCAAGAUCCCAGAGGACUUCAACGAGGCCAAAUAUAUCGGCUUUACCAUGUAUUCCACGUGCAUCGUCUGGCUGGCCUUUGUGCCCAUCUACUUUGGCACCAACAACGAUUACAAGUCGAGCGGACGGCUGCCUACGUUGCAGGUUCAAAUCGCGAGCAUGUGCAUGUGUAUCAACAUCUCCGCCUCGGUCGCCCUUGGCUGCCUCUUCACACCCAAGGUCUACCUAGUGCUGUUCCAACCUUACAAGAAUGUUCGCCCUGGCCAUCCUAACACGGGCGGUUUGCAAAGUGGCAAUCGUGCUGCGUACAGCAUGCGCUUCGCCGGUGGUCGCAGCCAGACGAUGCAAAGCGUGACCUCAGGCUCGCGCAGCAGCCCGCCGAUGUCCCGCGCCCCCGCGGGACGUGCGGACGAGCGAAAGCACGCGAACGGUGAGACCCAGGUGCUGGCGAGUCCGUCGGUCGAGGAAACUUCCGUUAGCUAGGUCGCUCUCAUACACCUCCCUCCCUGUCCAGAGCAUCGGGCGAGGACCGAGGCGGAGGUGUAUGUCAACGGUGACGACGACGGCGGUGGUGACGGCGACGGUAGCGGCGGCGGCGGCGACGGUA